CUUCAAAGAACUCGUUGCCAUUGCUUCUCGGGUAUUCCUCCCAGGGCAUUGCUCGUCUUUCUUAGCUUCUUGUCUCCGGGCUCCAGAGAAUUCACCUCCUUCCCCUCCGCGCAUCUUCCUCAUAUCACCACCACCACCUCCUCUUCAACCACCAAAACACCUAUCUAUACCAUCCUCUCUUUUCUCCCUCCACCACAAUCAUGGCUCCCGGAGCCGGAAAGAGUGUCUUCCUGGGGAAUAUCCCUUAUAACCUCACGGAAGAACAAGUCAAAGACAUCCUCAGCUCCGCCGGCACAGUAACCAAAUUCCGCCUGAUGAUGAACCCCGAGACCGGUAAACCCAAAGGUUACGGUUUCGCCGACUUUGCCGACGCCGAUGCGGCCGCCUCCGCUGUCCGCAACUUGAACGACUACGAGAUCAUGGGCCGCAAGAUUCGGGUCGACUGGCCACACAACAAUGAAAAGGACUCCAUACCCCCCGACUACUCCCAGCUCUCCGCACCCGCUGUCCAAGACGGCUCCCAACAGCAACAACAGCAGCAGUCCGCGCCUCUUCCUCCUCUGCCCCCGGGUGUCGAAGUUCCCCCGCAUCUCGAUUGCCCCAACGCCAUCUCUCAGACACUCGCUUCCCUGCCCCCGAACCAGCUCCUCGAUGUCCUCUCCCAGAUGAAGUCGCUUGUCAUGGCGGAUCCCGCCAGAGCGACAGAGCUUCUACGCCAAGCUCCUCAGCUCGCCUACGCAAUCUUCCAAGCAUUGCUACUCAUGAACCUGGUCGAUUACGGUGCUCUAGGCUCGGUGGUGGAACAAGCGAGCCAACCUAGUGCACCUGCACCCCCUCCUGCCGCCGCGCAAGCCUUCCAACCCUUCUCCGCUGUACCGGGACCGGUGUCUACGCCUCCAAUGGUCAACACUCCUUUCGCUGCUGCUGCCGCCGCCCCGCCGCAACAACCCCCGCAGGCUAUGCCAGGACAGGAAGAGCUCCUACAGCAAGUGCUCAGUAUGCCGCAAGCUGCGAUCGAUGCGCUCCCACCCAUGGAGCGCAGCCAGAUCAUGCUCCUUCGGCAGCAGUUGAUGCAGGGUGCUAUGCGGUGAUUGAAUAUCACCUCUUAUCUACCCCUCUGAAACUAUCUUAUACCCCCUCCCUCCCUCUCCCUCUUAUCUCCCGAAUGAGGAACAAAAGGAACCGGGCGCAAAGCAGCAUCAGGCGGCACCUCUGACGCAGAAUGCCUCGGCACGAACAACCG